CAAAAAAUGUCACUCAUUACAUAUACAUACCACAGUGGCUCUCUCUUUCUCCGCUAUAUAUAUCCAUUACAACCUUCCAUCCAUCCCAAUUCUUUCUUCUUUCUUCUCUCUUCUCUCGGAAAAUGGACGGUAUUUGCGUGAACGAAAGCACAAGCGAAACCCUUACAAUUGCAGGGGCGUCGCCGGCCACGAAGUCGCCGGAGAGCCUUGUAGACUCCGACGGCGGUGGCGAGGUCGAGUCCCGGGGGAAGCUGCCGUCGUCGAGGUUCAAAGGCGUGGUUCCGCAGCCGAACGGCCGGUGGGGGGCUCAGAUCUACGAGAAGCACCAGCGCGUCUGGCUCGGAACUUUCAACGAAGAGGAAGAAGCCGCCCGGGCGUACGACGUGGCAGCCCAACGCUUCCGCGGCCGGGACGCCGUCACCAACCUCAGGCUGCUGGCGGCGGAGGGCGACGCCGACGAGGCGGAAGUCGCCUUUUUAAGUUCCCACUCCAAGUCCGAGAUCGUCGACAUGCUCCGGAAACACACUUAUAACGACGAGCUCCAGCAAAGCCGCCGGACCUUCUGCAUCGACAACAAUGGCAAGAACAAAGACAAAGCGGUAACCGAAAUUGGGACGGCCAGUGAGCAGCUCUUCGAGAAGAACGUGACGCCGAGCGACGUUGGAAAGCUGAACCGGCUCGUGAUCCCGAAGCAAUACGCGGAAAGGCACUUUCCGCUGCAGAUUGGAGGCAACUCGAAGGGCUUGCUGUUGAAUUUCAAGGACGUGGCCGGAAAAGUUUGGCGAUUCCGGUACUCGUACUGGAACAGUAGCCAGAGCUAUGUUCUGACCAAAGGCUGGAGCCGAUUUGUGAAGGAGAAGAAUUUGAAGGCCGGAGACGUCGUCAGCUUCCACCGGUCCACCGGCGCCGAGAAGCAGCUGUACAUAGCGUGCAAGCCUAGAGCGGAGUCGGCCGUGGCAAGGUUUUCGAUUCCGGCCAGCCAAGUUCAGGCGCCCGUGCAGAUUCUGAGACUAUUCGGAGUGGACAUAUUUAAGGUUCCGGCAGUGAGCUGUGUUGUUGACGGUAAGAGAAGUAGAGAGAUGGAGUUGUUGGCAUUGGAGUGCAGUAAGAAGCCAAGAAUCAUUGGAGCUUUGUAACAUUUUCUUCUUUCUUCUUCUUCUUCUCCUUCUCUAUCCGCUCCAGUUUUUCGUUUUGGUCUUCUGUGAAAGUUGACUUGUAUAGUAUGUUACAGAGACUGUCUAAUAGUUCCAAACACAAACAAAUUAUACCAUAUAUAAUGCUAAAGCUGUCAAUUAUCGUUA